AUGCAGGUGACAUCAAAGGAAACGGAUGGGAAGCUGAUGGCAUGGAGGGAGGUAGGGCUUAUAUUCGUCCAGUCUAUAAAGCUAGAGGUGAUUGGAAAGAUGGCAGAAAAACUCUCCAACUCAGACUUGGAAGAUGUCGUGGCAAUGCACUCAGACUGCGUCUUCAAAAAAGAGCAAGAGGCGUGUCUGGAGAAAAUCAGAAGAGUGACUGUGCUGAAUCCCAUGAAUGAUUCCUCCCCAGGAUGCCCAGGGAUGUGGGAUAAUAUUACAUGCUGGAAGCCUGCGAGCGUGGGUGAAAUCGUCUUUGUCAAGUGUCCUGCAUUCUUCAGAAUUAUUAACUUUGAAGAUGGUUGGGAAGUGGAUAAUGUGGCGCAAACACACACAGGGGACAUCAGCAGAAAUUGCACAGAAGAUGGUUGGUCUGAACCCUUCCCUCAUUACUACGAUGCCUGCUUUGAUGAGAAUUUCACUGACCCUGUAAACCAGGACUACUACUACCUGUCUGUGAAGGCCCUGUACACAGUUGGAUAUAGCACUUCUCUUGUUUCCCUCACCAUGGCGAUGGUUAUCCUAUGUCGUUUCAGGAAGCUUCACUGUACCCGCAACUUCAUCCACAUGAAUCUCUUUGUCUCAUUUAUUCUGCGAGCAAUAUCAGUCUUCAUUAAAGAUGGGGUCCUGUAUGCUGAACAGGAUAGCAGCCACUGUUUUAUCUCUACUGUGGAGUGCAAGGCGGUGAUGGUCUUUUUCCACUAUUGUGUCAUGUCUAAUUAUUUCUGGCUGUUCAUCGAGGGACUGUAUCUUUUCACCUUGCUGGUGGAGACUUUUUUUCCAGAAAGGAGAUAUUUCUACUGGUACACCAUCAUUGGCUGGGGCACGCCUACAAUUUGUGUCACUGUCUGGGCUGUGCUGCGCCUUCACUUUGACAACAACGGCUGCUGGGACAUGAACGAUAACACAGCCUUGUGGUGGGUCAUCAAGGGUCCUGUGGUUGGAUCAAUAAUGAUAAACUUUGUUCUCUUCAUUGGCAUAAUUGUUAUACUCGUGCAGAAACUCCAGUCGCCUGAUAUUGGGGGCAAUGAAUCCAGCAUUUACUUCUGCGUUCAGAAAUGCUACUGUAAGCCUAAGAGGGCUAACCAGCACUCUUGCAAGAUGUCAGAACUAUCCACCAUUACCCUGAGGCUGGCUCGCUCCACGCUGCUGCUGAUCCCCUUGUUCGGAAUUCACUACACUGUGUUCGCCUUUUCUCCUGAAAAUGUCAGCAAGCGGGAGAGACUUGUGUUUGAACUGGGGCUGGGAUCUUUCCAGGGCUUUGUUGUUGCUGUUCUCUAUUGUUUCCUGAACGGGGAGGUGCAAUCAGAAAUAAAGAGGAAAUGGAGGAGCUGGAAAGUCAACCGGUAUUUUGCUGUGGAUUUCAAACAUCGCCAUCCCUCUCUGGCGAGCAGCGGAGUGAACGGGGGGACGCAACUCUCCAUUCUGAGCAAGAGCAGCUCUCAGAUUCGGAUGUCCAGCAUAAAUGCGGAGAAUCUAGCGACCUGAGCAACUAAAAAGCAAGCCGACAGUCCAACCAAAAAACCCGCCCCUUCAAAAAGAAAAGAAAAAAAAAUCAUAGUUUUGGUGGUGUGGAUUUUCUUUUCAUUGUUUUUUAUGUUGUUCAAAAGCAUGAAAUAAAAUGCCCCUGACAUU